AUGAAGAAAGGAAGAAAUGUAGUACUAGCACUUCUGCCCCCAACCUUCAACGGUGGCUCAUUUCGGCUGUAUGAAAACUAUGGACACCCUGGGCGGUUUGGUAUGGCUGCCAACGACCAUCAAACUGGUGCCAAUUCUGGUGCCAUGCAGUUAAGUUCGUCAUCUCUGCUGCAUGAAACUGGUAUAGAUAAUGGAGUUAAGUUCGUCAUCUCGGCUGUAUGA